UCAUGGCCAGUUGCUAUGGCGACGACGCCUUCCGGUUCCCUCGCGCGACGUCACGUCCGCCGCCGGCCGUUAAGGAAACGUGGCCUUUUUUCAGGCUCUGCUCGGGGAGGCAACAUGGCGGAGAUUGAGAGUCCGUUGGCCGCCAACAACGCGACCCUCAACGACACUGAAGCCAUCGCCGCUAAUGCCACUGGCCGGUUCGUGGCGACUCCGGAAGGUUCGGCCGUGGCUUACGGAAGCCUGGUGUUGAUGGCGCUGCUGCCCAUCUUCUUCGGGGCCCUGCGCUCUGUCAGCUGUGCCAAGUCUAAGAAUUCCUCCGAUAUGCCAGAGACCAUUACAAGUCGAGAUGCAGCCAGGUUCCCCAUUAUUGCCAGCUGCACGCUGUUUGGCCUUUAUCUGUUUUUCAAAAUAUUUUCUGAAGAAUAUAUCAACUUGCUGCUGUCCAUGUAUUUUUUCAUACUGGGUAUAUUGGCUUUGUCUCACACUUUAAGUCCAACUAUGAAUAAAAUUAUUCCUACCAAUUUACCAAACAAACAGUAUCAGUUGCUGUUCACUCAGGGAACAGGGGAAACAAAGGAAGAAAUAGUCAACUACGAGUUCGAUACAAAAGAUCUCGUGUGCUUGGCUUUCAGCAGUGUGGUUGGAGUCUGGUAUUUGCUGAAGAAGCAUUGGAUUGCCAACAAUCUGUUUGGAUUAGCAUUUGCUCUUAACGGUGUUGAGCUCCUGCACCUUAACAAUGUCAGCACAGGCUGUAUUCUCCUUGGUGGACUUUUUAUCUAUGAUGUGUUCUGGGUCUUUGGCACAAACGUCAUGGUAACUGUUGCCAAGUCGUUUGAAGCACCAAUUAAAUUGGUUUUCCCUCAAGAUCUUCUCGAGAAAGGACUUGCAGCCAAUAAUUUUGCAAUGCUUGGCUUGGGAGAUAUCGUCAUUCCAGGCAUCUUCAUUGCUCUGCUACUUCGUUUUGAUGUGAGUUUGAAGAAGAACAGCCGAACAUACUUCUAUACCAGCUUCUUCGCUUAUGUCUUUGGUCUUGGCCUUACCAUUUAUGUGAUGCACACUUUCAAGCAUGCUCAGCCUGCUCUACUGUACCUGGUACCUGCCUGCAUUGGAUUCCCAGUCACUGUUGCUCUGGUUAAGGGAGAACUUACUGAAAUGUUCAGCUACGAGUCUUCAGCUGAGAUCAUGCCACACACGCCAAGACUCACCCACUUCCCCACUGUCUCGGGCUCCCCUGCUAGUCUGGUCAACUCUAUGCAGCAAAAGCCCAACUCCCCCCGCCGCAGGCGGACGAACCCGAGCCCCAUGUAGUCAUGUGACCAGGCUUCAGGAGCCAUCAACGGGUCAGGUAUGAAGAAAAGACUGCCCUCUGUGACAAAGAGUCUUUGGAUGAAGCCUUGGACGAUUUGAAAGAAAGCAAGAAGGAGCAGUAACUGGAGAGGCCGUGGAUCAAUCAAUUUCUUCAAAAAAAAAGUCCUCACUCCAAACUGCCUGCUUUAUGUUCAUUUCGUGCAGAUACCAUAUUGUACUGACAUGGUCAUGUGUCUUGCAUCCCUGGCAAAUUAUGGGGAAACAAAAGUAUUUUAUUACAUCAUGCUAGAGUGCUAGUUAUUCAGUUCUCCUUGAGUGUUUUCUAUGAAUGUGCCAACUGAUUUGUUUUUAAGAGGAAAAAAACCUGAGGGGUUGCACCAGUGCCUAUCUGUAUUUUUUAAUUUAUUUUGAAUAAAUUAAAUUGAUCAUGACUUUUUGAAUUCAAAGGUUGCCAGUAUUUUGUUUUGUUUUACAAACAAAUGCAGAAAACUGAAGUUUUUAAAACAGCUAUACACUAGUCCAUGUUGUAUAAUGUGUAUUUUAAUGAAAAAAAUACCUCAGCUGUUGUUUUUUUACAUGAUUGCUUUGGCUAGUAAACUGUUUUUAAAAAUGAAUUUGGGGUUUACAUACACCACCUUUUUCAACACGGUGACUAAUGGCAAAUUUUAUAGCGCAUUAUCUUGUGCACAUAGGACACCCAUUUGGACUGUUUAAUCAGAAAAUAAGGGAUUAUGUGCUUAUACAUACUAUAGUUUUAUAGAUAAACUAUUUGCUGGAACUGUUGUUUUGUUUAAACUAAUAGACAAUCUUAAUUUUUUUUCUGCAUUUGUUUUGCAAACAAAAGAUGAUCUGAGCUCCGUUUUUACAGUGGCAGCAGAUGAGAUGCACAGAUUGUAAACAGCAGUUUAAAAGAAAAAUCCUUUGUAGCUUUGAUUCUCACAAACAGCAUAAAUAUGAACUAUGAAUAUAUAUGUACUAGCCAAUGAUGUGAUAUCUGUCUGAUUGUGACUCAUACAACAUAAGCUUUCACCAUGGGGUUAAAACAAACAUGUAUGUUUGCUGAAUGUGUGUGUUAAUAUCAUGUCUGUAGAAGUGUUUGUGGCUUAUAGAAAGCCAGAGUCUGAUGCAGUACAUGUGGUAGUUUUAUCUUGCUCUUGAGUUCAGUUUGUCUCAGGCACAAGAAGACACUGACUGACUGGUCCCUCCUGUACCUGUACCAAGUGACUGAAGUGUAUGUACGCCUGAAUGGUGAAUGGUGGAAGAGGGGUGGGGAGGGUUGGUAUUGGAGUCAGCCUGAGCCCCACUCUCUUGAUAUCCAUUUCUGCAGGUUCUAGCUCAGGCUCUCGUGCGCUGAUCGGCAUCAAGAUGCUUUUGUCUAUUGGAACUGGAUUAAAAGCAUGUCCUGGAAUAUAAGUUGUUUUCAACCUGCAAAACUCUUCUGAUCUUGCAUCUCAGUCUGUCUCAACAUAUCACAGGUGUGUCCUUUAAUGCAGUGAGCUGUUGGAGAAAUUCAUAAUCUGUUCUGGGUAGCCAGCAUAAAGACUCCACUGCUGCCACCAUGUGUAUCAAGCUAAUGUAGAAAAAAAAUCCUGUUUUUUUUUUCUUCCAUUUUGCAAAAGACUUUGAGCUUUUUUUUCCAUCCCUGGUUUAGGCCCAGCUUUUCUUUUAAGGUUUUCCAUAUUUACACAUGUCUGUUUAUAUGCCUCUUGGCCUGCAGAGGGAGCACAUGGCAGGAGUUCUGAUAUUAACAUCUGACUAGAUGCAUCCCUGCCCAGUGAGACUUUGAUUAAUUAAGGGCACCUUGCAGGGCCACAGGGAUUUUGUUUGCCCUUUCUGUGUGCUGAUCAUUGAAUUUUCUUUAUAUUGCACCCCUUGUGUACUUUGUGCUUGGAGGGCAACAUGGUGGCUCACUGGUUAGCGCUGCUGUCUCACAGCGCCGGGUACCCGGUUUUGAUCCCACUGUUGGGGCUACCUGUUUGUGGAAUUUGCACAUUCUCCCCAUGUCUGCAUGGGUUCAGCCGAGUGCUCUGGUUACUGCCCAUGGUCCAGAGAUGUGCAGAUUAGGUAAAUUGGCGAUUGGUAAAUUGUUCAUAGCGUCCAGGGGUGUGUAAGUUAGGUGAAAUACAGAGUUACAAGGAAAGUGUAGGGGGGUGGAUCUGAGUGGGCUGCUCUUCAGUGGGGCAGUGUGGACUUGUUGGGUCAAAUGGCCUGUUUGCAUACUGUGGAUUUUGUGAUUGAGUGUUAGAUCUUGGAAUGGAACCCUGAUAGAGUAGGAACCUUCAACGUUUAGGGCAUGAAGAUAUACUGUGAAGUGACACAGAAAAAUAGGCUUUGCUGAAUGGAUGCAGUAAGAUGAGCUGAAAUACCUUCCUCAUCGGUGUUAUAGGUCUUUUCCCCUUGUAAGUCAGCACUGGCAUGUGUUUAUAAUUUAAACAGGUCAUUGUGGUGUCAUAAGUGCAGCAUCACUAGCUUAUAAGAGUUUGCUGUGUAACUAAAGGAUAUUGUCAGGCAUCAUUGUUUUUUGCAUUUGUGAUAAAUGCAUCAUGUUAGAGUUCAUACCACAGAAUUUCAAAACCUAUUCCUGAUUCAUCCUCGCCUUCCCACUUAAACAUAUUUGGGUUUGGGGAAUCCAGGAGCAGUGGGAGCCUUGUGGGUGGUAAGGAAAUCCUGUCGUAUGAAGAUGGGUCAGGCAAGACAGGGUAGAUCUGUGGAUGGUGCCCCAUUUUUAAAUAUUUUCUCAAAAUAACUAUAAACUUUGAAUUUUCAUAUCUGGUCUUUUAUCCCUGUCUGCAAAAGUGGUUAAUGGUGUGUCUGAAAAUCACUUGUGGAAUAUUAUAAUAGAUCAUUCCACUGGUGAUAUCAGCCCCUACUGGAUUUUCUUUAGUAAUGACCAAGUUCCUUAAAGUUAAGAUCAUGGUCUAUUUUAAUACCAACUAUUUACAGGCAACUAUAUUUUCUUUUAAGUGUUAAUCUAUUUAUUCUGAAUAUGUGACUGCCAAUGAAGCAGUACCCUCUCUGAAUAGCCAUGUCUCUGCAUGUUCAGUAUUCACUUGCACAGUUGCAAGGUUAUAACACUGACUUAAGCUUUGAAAAGUCUGCUCAGUGUUAAAUUAGUUACUGGGCAAUAAUCUGGCCUCGCCCACUGGAUAGCCACCUUAAGAAGCCAGGACAGGGAGGAAUUGUGGGAAGCAUCACUCUUAAUGCACUGUUGGUGCUUGUGUGAAAUUAUGAAAGAGGCCUGGAUGGAAAUCUCAAUCAGUAUCUUACUGUGCUGUGUCUGAUCAGAAUCUGUUUUGUUCUAAUGUUAAACACACUGUAUUCCCUGCCAUUGUGUUUACAUCUUUCCUUGAUGAGCACAAUAUUUGUAGCUUUCGAGUAAAAUGUAUGUUAGCUGGACUCCUCCCAGUUCUGUCGCAAAAUAGCCUGGAGAGUUGAUGGAGAUCUUUAUAGGUGUCGGAAAGGUGUAUUGGGGAGGUUUUUUUGAUUUGUAUAUUUAGUUGAAAGUUGAUUUUUUUUUUAAAAAAGCAAAUUAAUGAUUGCAUUUGAAGCUCCUUGAGCUGCUUGAUGCCUGUAGGAUUCUCUUCAAUUUUGUGAAAAAUAGACUCUCUCGACCCUACCUUCCACUCUUUAUCCCAAUCAGAGGGUUAGUUAUUGCCAUGUGUUUUAAACUCUGCUGUCUCUCUACGGACUGGAAGUUAGGUAUGAUUAAAACUUUAAAAACACCGUUCUGUUUCCGCAAGCGGAUUUGUAUUUUUAAUGUUCCUGAAUUUUGUUCAUCUUCUGAAUCUGCCCUUUCUUUCCCUCCCUGGCUUUUUCAUUAUUGUAGUAAGGCCUGCUUCUCUUGUGAGAAGCUGUGAUCCAUUUGCAAUAAAUUUGUGGCGUGCACCACCGUCAAUAUACUUCGAACUUCA